AUGCGAGUCGGUCUUCCUGUUCCUGCUUGCCUGCUUGCCUGCGUUCCUGAUUUUUGUUGCCUGCUCGGUUUGGGGGGAUUUGCUUUGACUUGUUUUUUUGUUUCUUUUCGCCUAUUUUUUUUUUCUUUUCUCCCUCUCUUUUCCCUUUUUUACUUUUGCUGUACUUGUACUAGUACUGUAUCAUACCCUAUCCUGCUUUCCUGACCGCUUUGGCGGACCGACCCUGCCCAUGAUUUCUUCUUCACCGUACGUACCCUACCACCACUUUCUCCUUCCCUCCCCCGUCUCUCUGAUACCCAUUUCUACACUUUUGCAUCAAUCUCCUUCUGCCCUUGGGCUGGACGAACAAACACCAUAUCAGAUCAUAUCAUAUCGCACUGGUGUCGUACGGUGCUUUCCCCAAUCGUGGAGAAAGAGAGAGUGGUCAUACCCAUCCGUUUAUCCCACGAAACCCCACGGCCGGAGCGUUCGGUUGGGGACUUUCCCCCCCCCCCCAGCUCGGGAAGAGGUUCAAGACAUGGCUGUGACGACCGAGCGAGCGAGCAAAUGGUUGCAAAACCCCCAAUACUCCCAAGGUCAGACCUUGUUCACCUCUCCCUUGUCAUCUCCCGAAGAGAGAAGGAAAGGAAAAAGAAAGGAAAGUCUCGCUCAGGGUCCGCUUUCCACAUUUUCCACAUUUUUGGAUCAGUGCGAUGAAUCCGUGGAUAAUUUUCCUCCCUCCCUCCCUUCCUUCCAAUUGGCGAUGGACGGAUUGAUUGAUUCUUUUUUCUUUUUUUCUUUUGGGGAAUCGGGCUUGGGUGGAACUGACUACCUAAGCAGGGUAAAGUAUGGAUAGGAAGAGAUGUUACGGAGGGAAAAUUGGUGAUUGAUUGAGGAUUGAUUGCUGAUGCCUACUCCCUCAGCUUCAACUCACUUCAUGUUGAUGCACGUCAAACGAUUCGUCCGAGGUUGGUGGCAAUUCAUGGAUCGGUGUGUAAAAAAAAAAGCGCAGAUGGAUGAGUGGAUUAUUAAUUUCUCAUCUGUUCCUGUGGAUAAAUUUCAUCAUUGUAUCAUACCGUACCGUGCUCGAGUACUCACACAGGUACCGGUACUCAUUUUUUUUAUGGGUGCGGUGCUGAGGCUGAGGCUGAGCUUCUCGCCCGUUGGCUACGAGUGCCGCGAAUGACGGAAUGCAUCGAACUCAUGCCGGGAGGGAGAGCUGCUGAGGAGAAAAAGUGAGUCGAGUUUUUUUCUGCUGGGCUUGGGGGGGGGGAUUUGGGUUUCGGGUUGGAUGGAUGGUUUCCUUGGCUUGGCCACACGCGGCAGCUGCCACCAUCACCAGAAUCCAGGGUGUACUCGAGUACUUUUUACGCUUUUCUUUUCUUUUUUCUUGCUUGCUGAACGCCCCAAAUCAUUACCGACGAUUAAAAUGAUUACGGGGGAGAGAGAUCUUGACGCUUAGCUUGAUUGAUUGACGGGAUGGCAUAGGAUAGGUGAUGGGUGAUGGGUGAUGAGAUGGGGGAGGGGGGUUGAUGAAAUGGGGCUGGCUGUAUUGUGACUUUUUUACUGGCCGCUCUCGAGUAGGCCAUGGCGGCGAAAAGGUUUUUGUCCAUAAUAUCAAUAAUAUUUCGAGCAUCUCCACCUUCCCCUGGUAGCUCCUUACCAGUACAAGUACAAUAUUGGCGGCGGAACCCAUGCCUUUAGAAGGAUAGGUUGGGGGGAACUGGGGGAAAGCAUAGCGGUAUGAUAGCGGUAUCAUACUCCAGGAGACAUAGCGGUAUGGUGCUCAUGUGGUGCCCCAGCGGUAUCAUACUCGUAACCUUAGACAGAGGAAAGAUGGGCUUCGUCUCUCGUCGGUCGCCGCCCGGACUUGUACAUGAUAGGUACUCGGGUAUAUGAUUGAUGGUUAAUGACUCUCCCCCACCCAGCGAUAUUUGGUUGAGCGUUGAAGCUUGAGUUGGACUGUCUUUUUCGUUAUGAUAUCAUGCUUUCUUUUUCUUCUUCCUCUCUUUUCCGCCCGUUCAAAGGUUUUCUCUCGCUUAGACUACCAGGUGAAGUGGUCGGGCGG